AUGGCGGCAACACACCGGCCGAGCUCGACCUCACCCGAACCUGGUUCGAGUCCGACACUGAACAGAGCACAAGCCGCCGCUCAAGCAAGCGGCACUCGUGAGAUUGAAUCGACCGAUUAUGCUUACAAGUCUGGCGCUGCCUCUCCGCGUCGAUCUCCAAUGAGCACCAUGACGCGCACCGACUCUGGCGAUGCAAGUCCAGACACAUCAGAGGCUGGCAGCAGAGGCUUCUCACAGUCUGGCACGCCCCUCAUGGGCAGCCAAGGCAAUUCUACCGUUUCAUCGAGUUCAACAGCUCGCCGAUCCUCACUUACGGGCAGACCUCUCUCCAAAGCGACGCGACCGGUACUGAGGGCCACGAAGACUGCAGGCACGCUCGAGACUACAACAGGAUCACAGUCAUCUGCUUCUGCCGCGCGUCGCACAACCUCGCACACUGAGAAACCAAGCGACUUCCCCUGGGGCUUUCCUCGUUCUGCUACGGGGGAUGGCUCUGCGACAUCCGCGGCUUACCCCGACAUGCUCCAAAGUGAUGAGAGCAUAUCGCGACAAGCGCUAGACUACUCUGUCGGAGGGUCCGAGCGGAUCUUUCCGAUACGAAGCAUCAUCAACGAUCCCACCUUGUCGAGCCCACCGAUUCAGACGGCUUCCAUCAAAUCGCCCGUUCUCGGCGGACAGCCACUCAAAAGCGCUCGAUCCGAAUCGGCAUCCAAUGCGAGUGCCUGGGUGCAAGGACAACGCAAUUCGACUGCAAACGCCGCCCGACGCGGACCCGGCUCGACCUACAGCAGCCACUCACACCUGUCCAACCGCGAGUUAGAAUCUCCCGGUGAGUCGUCCCAGCCAACCAGGCAGCGCACGUCCGCAGCCGAUCCAUUGUCAUCUGUCACAUCCAUGGCAGACACGCGCAACGACGACGACGAUGAUCUACAUGGCGAUCCUGACGAGCGCAGAGGGCGAGGCGUCCAAUUGCAAGGCGGUAGCGUCGUCUCCGGGACUGACAUGCCUGCCGGUGGAGAUAUCAUGCAGCGCGCCAGGCUCUCUCGCGAACUGGGCGAGUCGGAAGCAGGCCCGUCUCAGCCGUACAUGACGGUUCGCUUCGAGCACAUAGAGACCGCAGACGGUCAUAUGGUUGUCACCGGCAGGGAAGGCCAGAUCGCUACUUGCGAGGAUGAGCCAAUUCACAUCCCUGGAUCCAUCCAGUCAUAUGGAGUCCUCAUUGCCUUUGAAGACGACGGCGAGGGCAAUCUGAUCGUCAAACAGGUGUCUGAAAACGUCGGGCAUUUGCUUGGUUUGCCCGCGCACCAUCUUUUCGAUCUCAAGAGCUUCACUGAAGUGCUCGACGAAGAUCAAGAGGAGGUACUACGCGAGAAUAUGGAGAUGCUCGAGGACCGUACAACAGACGAUUUGAUCGACACAGGGCCGCAUACAUUUCAGUUGAGUGGCUCGGGCGCAAUCGGCUCAGGGCCAGAUGACGGUGACAAUAAGCUCGAAUGGGACUGCUGGGCUGCGCUGCAUAUCCCCAGCCCGGACACGCGGCCAAACUUAUACAUCCUUGAGCUCGAGCUUGACAACGAUGUCGACAAUCCCUUGAUGACUGAGCUCGAUGAGCUGCCUACCGAUGCGGAGCGAGGUGGCUUAGCUGGCGAGCCGUACGAGCCCACAAAAGAAGAUCUGAUACAGUCAACGACCAACAUCUGCAAGCCUCUGAAAUCGCUCGUGCGCUUCAAGAAGAGCAAGACGGCUUCCAGGAUGGCUUCUGUGGACAUACUCAAGGUCUUGACGCAAAUUAACGACCAGCUCGACAAAGCGCAUGAUCUAGAGACUUUCCUAAAGCUUGCAAUCGGAGUCGUCAAAGAGAUCACAGGUUUUCAUCGUGUGAUGAUAUAUCAGUUCGACAACCAAUGGAAUGGUCAAGUCGUCGCGGAACUAGUAGACUGGACUCGCACUAGAGAUCUCUAUCGCGGCUUGCACUUCCCAGCUAGCGAUAUACCAGCGCAAGCGAGAGAGCUGUACAGAAUCAACAAGGUUCGAUCACUGUAUGACCGCGAUCAGCCGACCGCUCGACUGGUCUGCUGCUCCAAAGCAGAACUUGACUUCCCUCUCGACAUGACGCACAGUCACUUACGGGCUAUGAGCCCGAUUCACUUGCGAUAUCUUGCCAACAUGGGCGUCCGAGCUUCGACGUCCAUUUCCAUCAUCGCUUUUGGGGCGCUAUGGGGCCUGAUCGCUUGCCAUACGUACGGUCGGUACGGUCAGCGAGUCUCAUUCCCGGUUAGACAGCUUUGUCGUAUCUUGGGCAACGGCAUCUCUCGCAACCUCGAGCGACUGUCGUAUGCACAACGCUUACACAGCCGUAAGCUGAUCAAUACCGCACCGUCUGCCGCAAAUCCUGGCGGCUACAUCGUCGCCAAGGCAGAAGACUUGCUCAGUCUGUUCGAUGCGGACUUUGGUUUGCUGUCCAUUGGUGGCGAAGCGAAGAUUCUAGGACCGCUAUCAAACUCGCAAGAGGUCCUGGCGAUCCUGGAGUAUCUGAAGCGACGAUGUUUCCUGUCGAUGCAGGUGUCACAAGACAUCACAUCGGACUUUCCAGACAUACAUUAUCCAGCCGGCUUCCAGAUCAUCUCUGGCAUGCUUGUCGUACCGUUGACCAGCGGAGGCAAAGACUUCAUCACAUUCUUCCGCCAAGGCCAACUCAAGCACGUUCAUUGGGCUGGGAACCCCUACGAAAAGGUCAACCAGGAAGGUGCACACGCCCAUCUCGAGCCCCGCAAAUCGUUCAAGAUGUGGUCAGAGACUGUUCGGGGGCAAUGCCGGGCGUGGACAGAUGAACAACUCGAGACGGCAUCUGUCUUGUGCCUUGUCUACGGCAAGUUCAUCAGCGUUUGGCGAGAAAAGCAGGCUGCUGUCCAGACGAGCCAGCUCACUAAUCUGCUCUUAUCGAAUGCUUCUCACGAGGUUCGGACGCCAUUGAACCACAUCCUCAAUUAUCUAGAGAUGGCGCUCGAUGGGCCCCUAGAGGCCGAUACCAAAGAUCAUCUUACGAAGAGCUACGAUGCCUCCCGAACCCUAGUGCAUGUCAUCAACGACCUGCUGGAUCUCACACGCACGGAGCAAGGGAAUGCGCUGUUCCUACAAGAGCCCAUGGACUUGCGCAGCACGAUUCAAGAUGCUGUCGGCGUCCAUAAAAAGGAAGCAGAGCGUAGAGGUCUGGAAUUCAAGAUUGCUGAGAUUGGUCCUCGCAUCCCCUCGACCGUGCUUGGAGAUCGCGCUCGCGUCAAGCAGAUCGUCGGCAAUGUCGCUGCUAACGCUGUCAAACAUACGAGCGAAGGCGAAGUCACCAUAGAGCUGUCAGUCCUUGAGCGCGAGAGCGAGUCACAAUCUAUGCGAUCAAGUUCAAAAAGCAGUCAGGCGGAAAGUCAUGAAGCUGGUGAGAACAGCGAAACAAGCUCGAGUCUGGUUGCCGGCAUGUUACUGCCCCCGCCCGGUCCAGAAGCCGGCUCAAGCGCCAGUGCCGGAUCGAUGAAAAUCUCGAUAACGAUCACAGACACAGGCUGUGGCAUUGCGCCAGACAAGCUCGAAACAAUCUUUCGAGAAUUCGAAGAGGUCUCCCCCGUCGAGCCAACUCCGUCAGAGGAGCAGGGAAUGGAGCCCCAUAAGCGGCCUGCUGGAGUCGGACUUGGCCUUGCCGUUGUUGCUAGGAUUAUCAACACGCUGGACGGACAGCUGCGAGUCGAGUCCAAAGUCGAAAAAGGCUCUCGAUUUACAAUCAUCCUGCCAUUCACUAGAGCCAUCGGUGGCACUACUCAGCCAGGCUCAAGUGCGCUUAGCAACUCUAGCAGAGGUCCGCCGCGCAAAAAGUCACUUGGUAGUGCUGGCAGCCAAGCCAGCGGGGCAUCUGAGAUCGAUUCCAUUGUCGAAGCAAUGGCUACGUCUCAUCUUGAUUCGCCACACCAGAAGCCACCGUCGAGCCCGUCGCUACAACGUGGUUUUGAUGGCACGGGCAUAUUUCAGUCAUUCAAUGCUGGUGCGCAAGCCACACGACCGCGGCAGCCAUCCUCGAUGAUUCCUAUCGAUAGGGGUGCAGAGGGACCCGGCGCUCACGUCAGCGUCGAAGACUCUUCGAUGCCUUUGAGGGCUUUGCGAGUUGACGAAAAUGAAGUUUCCAGCUCGGUCGAUGUCAAAGGUCGUCAAACAGGAUUCCAAUCGAGUCCCAUCUUGCGCGACUCUUCUGCGCAAAUGGCUGGUAAUCAAAUCAUCAGCGCCGACCGUCGUGACAGUGCCACGACUACGAUCUCCACUGGAUCUGUCACUUCGCCCGAGCGGUUGCGUGUUCUCGUGGUCGACGACGAUCUGGUCAACCGCAUGAUACUGUUCAGACAGCUUGGUAAGGACGGACAUGAAGUCGUCUUGACCGUUCACGGCAAAGAUGGGCUCGACAAGCUGCGCGAAGAUUACGCUUUCGAUGUUAUCAUCAUGGACUUACAGAUGCCUAUCAUCGAUGGCAGGGAGGCUACCCGUCAAAUACGCGUCCUAGAAAAGUCUGGCGAUCUCAAGCUCGUAUCAUCUCGAGUCAGUCACAGCGGUAAUGGCGGUCGGAUACCAAUCAUCGCUUUCUCGGCUUCACUUCCAGAACGUGAUCGCAAGGAGAUUGCUGACACUGGCUUCGACGGCUGGAUUCUGAAGCCAUUAAACCUCGCUCGAUUACGCAGUCUCUUCCUCGGACUCUCUGACAGCCACAUCCGCCGGAAGGACGUGUAUCGGCCGGGCCGCUGGGAACGCGGCGGAUGGCUAGCCUCGUCGACUGUCGCGAAUCAGGCUUCCGACCCGGUCGAUGUGUCGCCUUGA